UUUUACAUUUAUUUUAAUUAAAGCAUAUUCGUUUAAUUUCUUUAAAUAUUGUUAUUUGAAGUUUAAAACUUUGGCAUGCAUAAACAUCUUUAAAGCUAAGUGUACUUACUAUAUGGCAGGCGGGAUCAGAAAGGUUAGCCACCCCUGCCAUAUGUGAUAGUUUUACUUACACUUACUAUGAGGUAUUGUAUAAAAAUAUUUUUUCACAAAUGAGCCACUAACAUUAAACAAAUUUGAACAAUAUAAUAGUGAUCCUGAUUUGCCAAUUAUUUCCAAAAGAUUACAUAAAGUUUUGAAAUAAAUCAGCGUUGUUUAUAAUUGUCAUAGAAAGGUGAUAAACCAAUAAACAUGAUAUAUCUAAGGGCACAAAUCUCAAAUUUAACAGUAUCAUUCAAAGAAAGAUAUUUUCACUUAAUAAAACUUGGACAAAUGCUGGCCAUGCAAUGUCAAGAUGUUGGCAAGAUAAAACUGCAUUUUUGAAGGGCUUGUCAUCUGAAAGAAUUACUUACAUCUUUUACACACAUCCAUGUAACACAAGCAGGCAUAAUAUGUAAUGAGGAUAUGUAUUUCUGAAAAAAGCAACUGUUUUCCAAAGCCAAAACACACCACUCCGGUAUUGUUUAGUGCACGAAUCCCUUUUAAACUACACCUAUUCCUCAGGCCGAUCACGUGCACUUCGAAGAAGCGGUGUACAUAAGAAAAAAAAUACCGUCCCGAGGACGGGGUCAGGCCCGACAAGAGAUUAAACAUUCUGAAUACUAUGAUGAAAAGUCUAGAUCACUGUUCAAGGUUCCACUUAAGUAUCCUAAACUUAAAGAUAGUUCCAUUCCAACGUUACUUCCAGAUUGUCCCUUUGUAUUCCUCAUCUCACAUUACUGUAAGAGAAGGACCAGAAGAAAAGCGAAAACAUUUCGACACUUGGCAUGUCUUUUAUUAUAUCAAUAAAAUUGUUUUUGCAGAUGUGCAGACAGAUCCAAGUCCUUUAAUAACAAAAUCUGUUAUAAUCAAUGAAAAUUUAUGGGUCAGUAUAUUUAUUGGUAAAAUUUCAUUGAAAAAGUUAGAUAAUUUUAAUUUUCCUCUACGUAUAAAUGGUAUUAAUAUUCUUGAAAUACAGAAAAAGUUAGAAUAUGUCAAUGAUUCAGAUAUUAUCUGUCAACAAACAUCAUUUCAUUAUCUUUUAAUGAUGGAUGAAAUUCAUCCGAAAUCAUAUUUUGAUUACACGGGUGGAAAUAUUGAUGCAGGACACAAUAGUAAACAACUUGAUACAAGUGCUUAUGUUUUUAUGGCACAAAGUUUAUCAUCUAGGUAUAGAGAUGUUCAUAUAUUACCCAUUCAUAAAAUUACUGCCGAAGAUUUGUUUUCAUGCUUAAAAAAAAUAAUCUUUAGUUUAGAAGAAAUUGGUUGUAAGAAUAAUAAACGUGCUAUUUUACUUUUCGGAUCGAGCGAAAAGGCUUGUAAUUAUGACCCAAAAAACACACGCUACUGCAAACAGCGCCAAUUGCACCAACUGGAUUUUGAAGUUGGAGCAAUUGGCGAUGUUCGCAGUAGCGGCAUAAUUGGCAAAAUGGUGGUGAUAUAUUUAAAUUUUCUAGAGCGACCCAUGCUUAUGCCAUUAUUGAAAUAG